AUGAUUGCUGUUCGGUUUUGGUUACAACAACUUUUCAACUGUGUUUUUGAAUAUGCUGAGUUUCAAAAUGUUAUAUUUAAUCCGGAAAUGAUCAAUUUAUUAUUUGAUAACGACAAAACAAUUCUUAAACAAUUUCACGUUAAAGAACUCCUUAUAAAUCUAAAUAACAAUAUUGAAAUUGAAAAUAUUUUGAACUUCGCUUUAAAUCAUUCUAUAAUUUAUGUACAUCUUGGGAUCAGAUUUGAUCCGGACAAUAUUGAAAAUUAUACUAAUAUUUUAUUCAACAUUAUAAUAAAUGAAGGCAAUAAAUUGCCGGAAGUUUCUUUUGGUUAUUAUAAGUUUCCAGGCCUUUAUGAUCUUCUUGUUGAAUAUAUAACAAAAUCUAAGGAUUUCUCAAAAAUGGUGACUAGUACUCGCUUAGUUUAUAAUUCAUACAGAGAUUUGCCAAUAUCAGAGAAAGCAAAAAAUAUUAAAACUGGAGAAAUUUUUUUUACAAAAUAUGCAAAAUACCAAAUUGUCAAUAUUUAUAAUCCAGAAGUGAAAUUUUCAUUUCUAAUAAGGACCAAAUGUGCAGUCACAAUAUUUAUAUCACUAAAGGGGAAGAUAAAAGUUGCGAUAGCCUUAUACGAUUUUUCAAAUUAGAGAACUAGGUAGCACCCCGAGCAUUCGGGGGGUGGGCGUCGGGGAUCGGGUUUGUCGGGAUAGAGUCUUAGGGAUUCGGGUCGAGGUUUUUUCUAAAAUUCGUCGGGGGUUGGAUCAGGGUACGUGGUCGGGGUGCUGC